UCCUAACAGUUCUGUUUGAGCAGCUAAGCAUUCUAAUACCGCAGGUUUUUAUUGUUGAAAUUAAUUUGAAAACUACGGCAUCUGGAACACGAAUCAACUCUAAUGGAAAAAUCAAAAAACUUCCGCAUCGACGCGCUUUUAGCAGUCGAUCCGCCAAAAGUACAGACUUCACCUCUCGCCCUGGUCACAUCUCUGUCUUCUACGUCUCUUCCUUCACCUGGAGGUGUAUCCACUUCAGACCUCAAUGGUAGCGCCGAUUCCUUAAGGACUGAAACACCGUCUCCACCUCGGAUUUCUGCUUGUGGCCUUAUACCUAAACCGGGCUUCCUGAGUGUCCCCCACUCUAAUAUGGUCGGAUUACACCCCCAGAGCACUACCGGCAUUCCGUCUCAGGCACUCUAUGGACACCCCAUGUACACCUAUUCUGCUGCCGCACUGGGGCAACACCCGGCGUUAUCAUAUUCAUAUCCUCAGAUCCAUGGAUCCCACCAGCACCAUCCCAGUGAUCCUAUCAAACUGACCCCCGGGACCUUUCAGCUGGACCACUGGUUGCGUGUCUCUACUGCAGGAAUGAUGCUACCAAAGAUGUCUGACUUCAACUCUCAGACGCAAUCUAAUUUACUGGGGAAGUGCAGAAGGCCGAGAACUGCAUUUACAAGCCAGCAACUUUUGGAACUGGAGCACCAGUUUAAGUUAAAUAAAUACCUGUCCAGACCGAAAAGAUUUGAAGUGGCAACUUCACUGAUGUUAACGGAAACGCAGGUAAAAAUCUGGUUUCAGAACAGACGCAUGAAGUGGAAAAGGAGUAAAAAAGCUAAAGAACAGGCUGCUCAAGAAGCGGAGAGACAGAAAAAUAACCCGAAUCAGGACAAAUCGGACGGGUUUCAGGAAAAAGCGGACUACCAAAAAGGCGACUCCCUUAAAAGCAAUCGGAUAAGCGAAUUUAGAGACAGUGAUGAUGACGAUGAAGGGGAGAACUUCUUGUACAACUCUUCAGAAUGUUCUUCAGAAGACGAAAGAAGCCACAACAGACACAGUGGACCACCGCAGUGAGCUGUACAAGAACGAGUCUUGCAGCAGGUUUUGACUUUAUUGUUUUAUGAACCACAGACCUCUUCUUCAUUUGGAUGCUUUCGACUUCGUUGUUAAAACAUUUGUAGAUAUGGCACAUGUGUUCAAAGAUUUAUAUAGAAAUAAAAUAACUGAAGACAUUGACUUCGUCAAAAUAGGUACCAUCGUGCCAAGGCUUUUAUUGCUUGGAUUAUAAACGAUUAAUUAACGUGAUAUUCCCACAAGUCCUAUAAAACACUCGUUACUGAUUUGAACUUUUGUUAGGAUUUGUAUUUACUUAAAGGCGCUACGUUUGUUGACAAUAAAAAGGUCAUUUAUGAAUUAUCGAGGAAUGCUCAUGAAAUUUUGUGUCCGUCUCAACAGUGUUAUGUGUCUGUUCAGUCAGAAAUUGAAAGGCGUCUCGCUUUUCUGAUAUUUCCAAUGAAAUUUCAGUUGAACCGCAGGAAAUGCGUGGUUCUUUCAAAUAAAUGAAAUUAUUUGUGUCAUAAAUGCUAAAACUGUUUAAAAGCCUACCAUGUUUAUUUUUAUAUAUUGUAUUUAUAAAGUGGCUCUGUGUGUGCAUGCUAAAUUAUAAUUUAGCCUUUUCCCGUUGUGCAGAAGGUGUAAAAAUAAAAAUGGUUUUGUACAUUAAA